ACUUGUUAGGACGUCCCAGGUUGAUUUUACCCGCAAAGCUCGACGGGAGUUUUUACGUAAGGGGUGUUAUUUAAAAAGGGAUAGAAUCUUCUGGGACUGGAAAUUCUGCUGCGUAACAGGUUUGGCAAGUGUCUAUACCUACGUUUUCAGAGAGCCUGACUCCAAACACGAAAAAAAUGGCAGCGUUCUUGGCCCUGUUUGUGUUGGUUUGUGCUACGUACGUGGAGGGAUGGCCGUCCGGGGCGCCGGCGUCGCAGUGCGCGACCAUGCGGACAGGACACGGCCUUCCCCCGAGGGACGGCAACGGCGGUUACGGUGUGUUCCUCACUCGGACACCGACGACGGGGGAGUGGCAAGUCACGCUGAACGGCACCGCCGGUUUCCGCGGGUUCCUCCUCCAAGCCCGUAUCGAGACGGGCGGCGAGAUCGUCGGGACCUGGGUCGACCCGCCCCCGGGGACGAAGCUGCUCGCCUGCGGUGGUUCUCAAGAUAGCGCCGUGACUCACGUCAACCCGGAUCGACAGCAUUUUCACAAUGUAAACUUUAUUUGGAAAACAAACUCUUGCGACAGCCCACCACCGGUCUACUUCCAGGCUACUUUCGUGACAAAAUACGACCAAAUCUACGAAGGGGUUCGCUCCGAAGUCUUACGCAACGUCUGCAUCCAGCCUACGCCCACUUCGGCGUCUGACCCCGUUGGAAACCCAUCGGACGGUGCUCGCUCGUCUCUCGGCGCACCCUGCAUGGCGCCCCGAGAGAUCGCCCACGGGUACGUCCAAGAAGGCCCGGCGGAAGUGCGGGACGGCGAAACCGUGACCAGGACGAUCCACUACAGCUGUGAGGAGGGUCACGAACUCGUGGGACAGGAAAGAAUACUGUGUCAGAGCACCUAUGAUGAAGAGGAACAUGGCGACACGCCGUCGGACCACAGUCACCAUGCCCACCGGGCUGCUACUGAGGAAAGCUUGACCAGUGGAAGUCACCACAGGUCACACGGACACAGUGGACACCACCACAGGUCACCACGACAGGUAUGUACGAUAGCGCUCUGA